AUGGCAGAAGAGUUUCGUGAUGGUUUUCUGGGUGAUGCCGGUUAUGAUAUUUUAAAGAAAUUAAUGAAGAGUAACAAUGAUUUUACUUUUGAUGUAGCAAAAGUUUUACAAGAACGAAGUGAUGCUGAGAUGCUUUAUGCAAGGGCACUUCGAAAAAAUGGUGAAUCAUUAGAAAAACUUGCAAGUCGAACUGUCGGAUCACUAAAAUUGGCAUUAACAACUUUAGCUACACAAGCAGGCAAAGAAAGUGAUGCACGUACUAUUAUUGCUGAUGUAUUAAUAAAAGACAUUUCUAUACCAAUGAAAAAUCGUGCUGAUAAACAACUUAAAGAGAAAAAAACAAUUGAAGACACAUUAAAUGCAAAAUUUAAAGAAUGGAAUACAAAAAAAGAAACGGAUAAUAAAUAUCGUUCACGUCAAUUUGAAAAAUCACAAGAAAUUGAAAGUUUAUAUAAUAAACUGGGUGAAUUACCAAAGGGAACAAAAAAUUUCGCCAAAGACUCAACAAAGGAGAAUAUUUUCUCUACACCAUUGCUUAUGGGUUGUGUCAAACCUGGUGGUAUUUCAACAUCAAUUCAAAAAGCUACAGAAGAAUUAGAAAGAACAGAAAUAAAAUAUCAUACUUCAACAAGAGAUGUUGAAUUGGCACGACAAGCAUGUGAUGCUGAAAUGUGUAGAGGUUGUGAUCAAAUGCAGAAAAUGGAAUUAGAAAGAAUAACUGAAAUGGCUAAUUUUAUUCAAAUUUAUGCAAAUUCAAUACAAUCAUUUAGUGAUACGAUGUAUCAAGUUUCAAGUGAUUUACUUUCCAUUAAAAUUAAUCCAGAAGAUGAUAUUAUUACAGAAGUUCGAUCAUACAGUAAAAAAAAGGCUGAAACAGAGAUAUUACUUUACGAUAUAUACGCAGAAACGAAUCCUAUGAAUGAUGAACGACGAAUAUCAAGUUUUGAGCGUUGGAUAGAUCUGUUAAAAAAUGAUAUUAAAGUACAAAAACAACCAAAUAAUGCCGGUAUAUCUGCUUUAAUCAAGGCUUCUACUAAUAAAAUUGAUGAAGAUGAACUAGAUAUUUCAAGUGAUGGCGCUAUGUGUUCUACCCCAUCUCAUUCCAAAACAGGUACUAUUUAUAUUGUAUUUGCUUUGCCUAUCAAUGUAAACUCUGAUCAUCGUCAUAGUCGAGAUGGUUCAUCAUCUUCAUCAAAUGAUGAUGAUGGUGCUAUGCGUCGUAGUAAACACAAAAAUCGAGACGAGAAAAAAACCGAAGUAUUAUUUCAUAUUUCAGGUGCGGAAAAAGUUGUCAGUGAAGUUUUUCUUGAUCGACGUGGCGCUCGAUUUUUACAAAUUCUUUACGAAGCAAGUUUAUAUAAAAUAGAAACAGCUUAUAGUCAAUUCAAAAAUUUAACUGAACCAUCCUAUGAAUAUUCUAAUUAUAUAACUCGAACUUCUAAUGAUAAAGGAACUCCAACAACAUUUAUUCGUAUUCCAUUUCAACCAUCAACAUAUACACCUCCAUCAGCUCCACCAGCAACAAAAUAUUUUGCUGAAGCUAUGCCAAUGUUUACCGAACAGAUGCCACAACUAAGAUUACAUAGUGUUCAAACACACGAACCACCACCACCACCUAUUGGUUUUAGACAACCUCGAAUGGAACAUACAGGACCAGAUAAUGAACCAGAAGCAUCUGCGCCACUUUAUCCAGAUAUUAUGACGACAUCAGCAGGGCCUCCUCAACAAUAUCAACAUCGACAUCAACAUAAACAUGAACAUCAACUUGUCCGAGCAUUACAUCCAUAUAAAGCACGAGAGAGUGAUGAGUUAAGUUUUGAAAAAGGUGAUAUUAUUUUGUUACUUUGCACUCGAAGGGAUGGUUGGUGUAAAGGACGUAUAGAGGGAAUAACUGGUCUAUUUCCUGCCAAUCAUGUAGAAAAUGUGUAA